GUAAAAUGGCCACUGGAGCAGAGUUUCGGCAGGAUAUGCCUCCAAAAGGAGGCUAUCGUGCAUUCAACUUCCAUCGCACUUUUCCGAAGCUUGUCUGGAGUCCUGGAACCGUCGUCGCCGCCAUUUUCGGAGCUACUGCCUACGGAGUCUAUGCUGCUCUUGAAGGAAAGAAGAAGGACAUCACUGAAAAGUUCGAAGAUGUUGACAUCAACAACGCAAUGGAGCCGUUCUUGACUGCCGAGCGUGACAGAUAUUGGCUCAAAUUGUUGGCCAAGAAUCGUGCUCUGGAAGAGGAAAUUAUGAAGGAUGUUCCAGGAUGGAAGACUGGAACCUGGUACGGAGAGCCAGUGUACUUUACUCUCGGAGACAAGUGGUGGGAUCCAACUGCUACUGAGGUAUUCGUUCACUCAAGGGGAUCAAAUGAAACCCGUGAUCAUCUUUGGCGCCAACACUCUGAGUACGCUGGACCGAAAUUCUACGAUAAUUGGUUCCCACAAUGGAUGUCCAAGUGGUUCUGGUAAAUACCAUUCAUCUGGAUGGAUUGGCAAACUAAUCUUCGAGUUCGUGUCCUGCUCUAGGCCCCUAUCAAUAAAACAUCAUUUUCUUUUUUUUUUUGUUUUCAUUUUUAGACUGUUAGUUUUCGAAAAUGAACGACAGGCCUUUGGUUUUUAAAAGUCGUGUUUGUGUAUUGUUUUUCUCUUCUGGAAUUUUAUGAAAUGAAGAUGUAAAUUUACGAU